UUUUACUUCCGUUGUAAACACCGGACCAUGUGAUGUUCUCUUGGAGUGCUAGGUAAAAUAGACGUUAGUUAAAAAACACAAAGGCACGCAACUCCAAAAUGAUGCAAAGAGUACCUCGCUACCCUCCCCUUCACGCCCGGCUUAUCCGCCUUGAAGACGGUCCACCCAUGUACCGGAUGCUGGGCUACGCCGACAAAAACAACCUGAACUUUGACCUCUGUGAUCCUCCGCCUGUCGGCUACUUCGGCCCGUUCGCCUUUCCCCGUCUGCCCACCAACCAGCCUCUGCCCUUUGGGCCCGGGCGUUACGGGCUGCCGUCCCUACCCCUGGCCUUCUCCACCCACUACUGGGAUGACCGUGCGGACAGCUGCGACCCCUACUGCCACCAAAAGCCCUACCACAAGCUUUACCGUCUGGGUACGGAGCCCCGACCGGAAGAGGUCAUCUUUCCGGAAAUGGCCGUCCCCGGAACCGGCGUGCAGAGUACGGUCUUCAACAGUGGGUUUUUGCAUAACCCUGACCUUCAUCCGCCGAGGUCGUUCUCGGAUUCGGACAACACCUGGGGCACACUGAACUUACAUUCUGGGGCCAUUUAUCUAUGAGCUGCACCUAAGGACACAACUAACGUCUGCCCAAUAUUCAAUCUUUGUAAGUCUUCGUAUACCAAAUCAAUCGUUAACACAAAAAAAAAACAAGAAUAGUGUCAUCGUUACGUGUAUUAAAGCGUCAAUUUCAUUCCCUAAAAAUU